CAGUCUGCAGAGCCAUCUGGUCUCCACCCUGGGGACAUCCUUCCCACUCUCCCUAACUGGGGUUGAGUGGGGACUCUGAUGAGGGGGUUGGUUGGGAGUGCUUAGGGUGGCAGGCUUGGCAGCCCCGCCCCCUCAAAGGCCAUUCAGUUUCUUUCCUAGGCCUUUUCUUCCGAUGGCCCCUGACCUCCUCCUUCCUACCCUUCUGCUGGGCACAUCCCAGGCCACAGAAAGUGAGACCAGCGUGGGAGGACACACAGAAAGUACUGGAAACUUGAAACGGGGCAGGGAGGUGAGAGUUACAAACAGACCAGGCAGAAGGACCAGGACGGACAGACAGACAGACAGACAGACAGACAGACACAGACACAGACACACACACACACACACACACACACACACACACACCCCAGAGAUCUACAGGCCAAACCAGAGAGACAAAGACAGAAAGACAGAGAUCGCAGAGUGUGGGAAAGAGAAUAAUAGAAAGAUAGGGAGAGAAAGAUAUUGAUAGAAAAUCCACACUCCAGAUACAGGAAGAGAGGCACAGGCUGGAGGAGGGAACAAGGCCGGCCAGCCACAGGACAGCGUGGUCAGCCGCAGGAUGGAGGGGCAUCCCACAGAGAUGUAGUGGUUCAGGUCUGGCAGGGUGGAGCCAGGGGGAGCCUGGGCUGGGGCAGGGGGCAUGGGAGGGGCAGGCAUUCUGUUGUUCCUGUUGGCCUGGACUGGGGCAGGAGUGUCCUGGAGUCCCCCCAAGGGAAAGUGUCCUCCACGCUGCUCCUGCUCCAAGGAGAGCACCCUGUGUGAGGGCUCCCCCGAGCUGCCUGAGAGCUUCUCCACCACGCUCCUGUCACUCUCUCUCGUCAGGAUGGGGGUCUCCCGGCUGAAGGCUGGAAGCUUUUUAAAGAUGCCGUCACUGCACCUGCUCCUCUUCACGUCCAAUACCUUCUCUGUAAUUGAGGGUGAUGCCUUCAUCGGCCUGUCCUACCUGCAGUACCUCUUCAUUGAGGACAACAAGAUCGGCUCCAUCUCCAAGAACGCCCUGAGGGGACUCCGCUCACUGACCCACCUAAGCCUGGCCAACAACCACCUCGAGGCUCUACCCAGAUUCCUAUUCCAAGGCUUGGAGACUCUGACUCAUGUGGACCUCCGUGGUAACCCGUUCCAGUGUGACUGCCGAGUACUUUGGUUGCUACAGUGGAUGCCUACGGUGAAUGCCAGUGUGGGCACGGGGGCCUGUGCGGGCCCCUCUGCCCUUGCUCAAAUACAACUGAAUCACCUCGACCCUAAGAAGUUCAAGUGUAAAGCCACAGAACUCUCCUGGCUCCAGACUGUUGGGGAGUCGGCACUGAGCGUGGAGUCCUUCUCCUAUCAGGGGGAACCUCACAUGGUCCUGGCACAGCCCUUCGCUGGCCGUUGCCUGAUCCUGGUGUGGGACUACAGCCUGCAGCGCUUCAGGUCUGAGGAAGAGCUAUCAGCGCCCUCAGUGGUGUCCUGCAAACCUCUGGUGCUGGGCCCACGCCUCUUCAUACUGGCUGCUCGCCUAUGGGGAGGCUCACAGCUGUGGUCACGGUCCAGCCCCGACCUGCGUCUGACCCCUGUGCAGGUUCUAGCCCCUCAACGGCUGCUGCGACCCAAUGAUGCCGAGCUCCUGUGGCUGGAUGGGCAGCCCUGCUUCGUAGUGGCUGAUGCUUCCAAGGCUGGAAGCACCACGCUGCUGUGUCGUGAUGGGCCGGGCUUCUACCCACGCCAGAGCCUGCAUGCCUGGCACCGCGACACCGAUGCAGAGGCCCUGGAGCUGGACGGCCGACCGCACCUGUUGCUCGCUUCCGCCUCCCAGAGGCCUGUGCUCUUUCACUGGUUUGGUGGCCGAUUCGAGAGGCGUACAGACAUCCCAGAGGCAGAGGACGUCUAUGCCACAAAACACUUUCAGACAGGAGGAGACGUGUUCCUGUGCCUGACGCGAUACAUUGGGGACUCCAUGGUCAUGCGCUGGGACGGCUCCAUGUUCCGUCUGCUGCAGCAACUUCCAUCACGAGGUUCCCAUGUCUUCCAGCCACUACUAAUUGCCAGCGACCAGUUGGCCAUUCUGGGCAGCGACUUCGCCUUCAGCCAAGUCUUCCGCUUUGAGCCCGAUAAAGGGAUCCUGGAGCCACUACAGGAGCUGGGCCCACCGGCCUUGGUGGCCCCCCGAGCCUUUGGCCAAGUCACCGUAGCAGGAAGACGCUUUUUAUUCGCAGCGUGCUUCAAGGGCCCCACGCAGAUCUACCAGCACCAUGAGUUGGAUCUCAGUGCCUGAGGCUGGGAAAGACCCUGGAAGUGGCUAUGGGACUGGCAAGGGCAUUCUGGGACAUCCGGGUAACCUCUCUGGGCUGGCCUCCUGGAUGUCACAGACAGUCCUGGAUACAGACCACAAGCCAAGUGCAUCAGCUGAGUUAGGCUUAGUCCACUUUUCGGAGGAUCUGUACCUAAGGGGCAAGUGGGAUGUCUCUUUACUCCCAACUAUGUUUAGGGCCCCUCCAGUCUGAAGCCACAUUUGGGCUGAGGACAGAUGCUCCCAUGCACAACAUCUUGGGAGUUCCUCCUGGAACACAACUUGGAGCUGGGAUACAGAAACUAAAAGGGCAAUCUGCUGAGCUCCAAGAGGUUUGGACACCCCGCCCUCAACGUCCCCUUGGUCCUGCUGCAUAUAAAGAACCGAGAGCAUUGUUCCUCAAACCCUAUCUGGCCAUUGGUUUACCGUGGAGAGCAAGGUCUCUGUGAUGUCACAGUUGCUGGGUAGUUUCUUGGCCUGGUACUCUGCUGCCAGUGCGCAUGCCUGGUACUUUUGCUGCCUGUGGCGCGAUGUCUUAUUUCAAGAUCGAUUGCUUUACACGUGUGCAGUAAAAGUGAAUGGCGAAGAUGAAGUCUAGAGGCGUCACAGAGAGCACUGGGUACCUUUUUCCAGAAUGUGACAGGGGCAAGAACAGGGAGUGUAUGAAUUCAAUAAAUGCCCCGCGCACCCAA